AUGGCCCUCGAAGCGACCCAUCCGCUCCCCACAGCGGAAGACUUCACACGACUAUCCGAGCACCAACAAGAAACGCCCAACACCUUCUUCGGCGGCAAGCCAGUCCUCCACCUGCGCAGCCCAAACGCAAAGCUCAAAAUCUCGAACGAGGACUUGACUGCUCAACCCGCGUUGGCGGCGCUGGGCGCCCCGGCUGCCAUUCAUGCUUCUACAAUCGACGGAGUAGCAACGAUCGAGAGUAUCGAUGUAUGGGUUUCGUCAACGUACCUCGCCCUCGUCUCGGCGCUAGAAACAACUUGCGUGCGCAUACCCUACCAGACGAUAACAGUGCACGCGCAAGAAGGCGACGCAGUCUUACUAGGCCUCAAUCUGUCCGACUCCAACACGCCAAACGAAGACCUCGUCUUCAUCCAGCUUCGCAUCUUCCCCUCUACCAUCGAAUCCUUCGACCAGACCGCGCCAGGAGAACCAGACACCGCCUCUGGCGUCAACGGCACACAUGCACCUAGUCCUUCGCAAGCGCUCUUCAAAGCCAUUGCGGACUGUCAAGAAUUGAAUCCUGAUCCCCCCGAGGAAGGGGACGAGGAGUACGAUGAGACUGCGCCUGGAGCGACGGGGUGGAUUACGAGUGAGAAUAUGCACGAGUUUAUGGAUGAGAAUGGGGAGUUGCGGUUACCGGAGGGGAUACCUGUUAUUGGGGGAGAAGAAGAGCAGGACGCGGGAGGUCACGAGACUGACUCUCAGUUGCCCUUGGGACAAGGCGCGGGACGGACACGAACAGCAGACGAGGUCGAUACGGCUGAUGGGGCGGAGGAAGAGAGCAAAUGGCAGCGCACCGGCUGA